CCGGGACCAGAGCGGGUCGAGGGAGCCUUUGCGCCUCUUGGGGCGGGGAAGAGGAUGCUGCGCGAUCGGACGCUUCGGCUGCAGUUCGGCCACCGCCUGGAGGCGGUCUGCGUGUUGGGCACCCGGCUGUCCGUGGACGUCUUCGGGGCCGCUCCGCCCGAAGCGGUGAAUUUCAGUGUGAAACAUUCACAAGAUGUCAGUGUCGAAGUCGUAAGACACGAUCAGUCGGAUUUGGCGCCCGCCAACGGAACUAAGCAAUGGCCGCUGGAUCCUGCCACGUUCCUGCAGAUCCAGAUGACGCAGUCUAGCGUGGAGACCAACGACAGCAAAGUAACCGUAGGAUAUUAUGGGGAGAAUGAAGAGCACCCUAUAAAUCAGGCUGGCCUUUUUCUGACUGGCAUUGGAAUCUCCCUGGACGUUGACGCGGACCAAGAUGGCGUGGUGGAGAAGAACAACCCGAAGAAGGCCACGUGGACCUGGGGCCCCGACGGCCAUGGUGCUAUCCUGUUGGUCAACUGUGACAAAGAAAAUCCAUUCGACAGCAUGGAGGAUUGUCAGGAUGAGAAAAUAUUUUCCAAGGAAGAUCUGGAGGACAUGUCCCGGAUGAUCUUGAGAACGCAAGGCCCAGACCGGCUUCCCACUGGCUAUGAGAUGGUUCUCCACAUUCCAAUUUCGGACUCCGACAAGGUUGGCGUUUUUUACCUGCAGAAUCCAUUCUUUGGCCAGCGCUACAUCCACAUUCUGGGCAGGAGGAGACUGAGUCACGUGGUGAAGUACACGGGGGGCUCGGCCGAACUGGAGUUCUUCGUGGAGGGGCUGCGCUUCCCGGAUGAGAGUUUUGACGGGCUCGUCUCUGUCCACGUCAGUCUACUGGAGCCGAUGGCCGAGGGUAUUCCGCAGACUCCGAUCUUCACCGAUACUGUGGUUUUCCGGGUCGCGCCCUGGAUCAUGACCCCAAACAUCUUACCGCCCAUCAGUGUCUUCGUGUGCAGUGUCAAGGACAACUAUCUCUUCCUGAAGGAGAUUAACAGCUUGGUGAGCAAAGCCGGAUGCAAGAUCAGUGUUUGCUCUCGGUAUAUGAACCGUGGCGACCGAUGGAUGCAGGAUGAGAUUGAAUUUGGCUACAUUCAGGCGCCUCACAAGCAGUUCCCAGUGGUUUUGGACUCUCCGCGGAACGGAGGCCUCGAAUAUUUUGCCGUCAAAGAGAUUUUGGGCCCGGAUUUUGGCUACGUGACACAGGAACCUCUCUUUGAAGUCGUCAACAGCUUAGACUCUUUUGGGAACUUGGAGGUCAGCCCCCCAGUCUCGGUCCACGGGAAGGAAUAUCCUCUGGGCAGGAUCCUGAUUGGAAGCAGCUUCCCCACGUCUGGGGGACGCCGAAUGACCAAGGUGGUGCGCGACUUCCUCAAGGCCCAACGGGUCCAGUCCCCGGUGGAGCUGUAUUCAGACUGGCUGACCGUCGGCCACGUGGACGAGUUUGUGACCUUUGUUCCCAUCCCUGGCAAGAAGCAAUUCCGGAUGCUCAUGGCCAGCCCCUCCGCCUGCUACAAGUUUUUCCGGGAGAAGCAGAAAGAAGGCCAUGGGGAAGCCACUAUGUUUAAAGGAUACUCCGGCACAGACACAAAACGUGUCACUAUCAACAAGGUCCUUUCUAACGACAUUAUGGUGCAGGAGAACCAAUACGUACAGAGGUGCAUCGACUGGAAUCGCGACAUCCUCAAGAAGGAACUGGGCCUUAGAGAGAAGGAUAUUAUUGACCUGCCUGCACUCUUCAAGAUGGACAAAGGAGGGAAAGCCAUCGCCUACUUUCCGAACAUGGUGAACAUGAUCGUGCUUUCCAGGAACCUAGGUGUCCCCAAACCAUUUGGGCCCAUCAUCGAGGGUGAAUGUUGCUUGGAGCAGCACGUCUCCUCCUUGCUGGAGCCCCUGGGGCUGGCCUGCAGCUUCAUCGACGACAUCUCCUCCUACCACAAGCGCCUGGGAGAGGUGCACUGCGGCACCAACGUCCAGCGGAAGCCAUUCGCCUUCAAGUGGUGGAACAUGGUCCCCUGAAUGGGGCGGGGGGGACUGCCGCUCACCGGGAAGUCGAGGGGGGAAGCCGGUUUCAGACACACACUUUUGGCCCUCUGCGCGCCUGGCUGACCCGCGAGAACAGGAAUCCAGGCGCUUAAGAAACUGCGUGAGUCAGCGGGCGCUAACAGGGAAAAACUGUGCGUCUGAAUGCGGCAGGGAACCAUGUUGUGGUGUCGAUUGGACCCAAAGCAUCUAAGCUCUUAUAAGGAGCGUUGCAGGGCCCAACCAGGGUUUCCUGACAACUGUGUGUGGUGUGUGGUUUCUUUGCCCUCUCUAAAUUAACCUUCAGCAUCCCCUCCUCUUUCUUCCUUUCCCCUUCCCGUAAUGUAGCCAAGACAAAGCCCCUUCCACAGGGGAGGGGUGCGUGUUACAGCUCUCGGCCUUUGUUGAGGAGGGGGGCCCACUUUGAAAUAAAAACGAGGAGACAACGGUUGUGGCGU